GCGCUUCUCUCGCUGUCGGCUGCCGAGCCCCUGCGAAGGUCAAGAUGGAAGAGAUCUUGAGGAAGCUGCAGAAGGAAGCGUCCGGGAGCAAGUACAAAGCCAUCAAAGAGAGCUGCACCUGGGCCCUGGAAACCCUGGGCAGUGUGGAUACCAUUGUCAAGAUCCCGCCACACUUGCUGAGGGAGAAAUGCCUGCUGCCUCUCCAGUUGGCCUUGGAAUCCAAGAAUAUGAAGCUGGCCCAACAUGCCUUGGCAGGGAUACAGAAGCUUCUGUCAGAAGAGAGGUUUGUAUCCAUGGAAACGGACUCUGACGAGAAGCAGCUGCUCAAUCAGAUCCUGAAUGCUGUGAAAGUGACGCCGUCCCUCAACGAAGACCUGCAGGUGGAAGUGAUGAAGGUUUUACUCUGCAUUACCUACACCCCGACAUUUGACCUGAACGGGAGUGCUGUGCUGAAGAUUGCGGAGGUGUGCAUUGAGACAUACACAUGUAGCUGUCACCAGCGUAGUAUAAACACUGCUGUGCGGGCAACUCUCAGUCAAAUGCUGAGUGACUUGACUUUACAGUUGCGACAAAGGCAGGAGAAUACGAUCAUUGAAAACCCAGAUGUCCCUCAGGAAUUCAGGAAUCAAGGGUCGACGGUUGAGGCCCUCUGUGAUGACCUUGUCUCUGUGCUCACUGUUCUGUGUGAGAAGCUACAAGCUGCCAUCAAUGACAACCAGCAGCUGCAGCUCCUGUACCUGGAGUGCGUUCUCUCCGUGCUCAGCAGCUCCUCCUCCUCCAUGCACCUGCACAGAGGCUUCACCGACCUGAUCUGGAAAAACCUUUGCCCCGCUCUCAUCGUGAUCCUGGGGAAUCCAAUUCAUGACAAAACCAUCACCUCCGCUCAUAGCAGCGUGAGUGCGGGCGUGGACUCAGACUCUGCGUCUCCAGGAGUUUCCGACCAUGGCCGGGGCUCGGGAUGCUCCUCCACCGCGCCUGCGCUGAGUGGACCCGUGGCUCGGACCAUCUAUUACAUUGCAGCCGAGCUGGUCCGGCUGGUGGGGUCGGUGGAUUCCAUGAAGCCCGUGCUCCAGUCCCUCUAUCACCGCGUGCUGCUCUAUCCCCCACCCCAGCACCGGGUGGAAGCCAUCAAAGUAAUGAAGGAGCUGCUCGGGAGUCCACAGCGUCUCUGCGAUUUGGCAGGACCCAGCUCCACUGAACCGGAAACCAGAAAGAGAUCAAUUUCAAAAAGAAAGUCUCAUCUGGAUCUUCUCAAACUCAUCAUGGAUGGAAUGACUGAAGCGUGCAUCAAGGGUGGCAUCGAAGCUUGUUAUGCCUCCGUGUCCUGCGUCUGCACCCUGCUUGGGGCCUUAGACGAGCUCCGCCAGGGCAAGGGCUUGAGUGAAGGUCAGGUGCAGCUGCUGCUUCUGCGCCUGGAAGAGCUGAAGGAUGGGGCUGAGUCGAGCAGAGACUCCAUGGAGAUCAAUGAGGCCGACUUCCGCUGGCAGCGGCGGGUCCUGUCCUCGGAGCACACGCCGUGGGAGUCGGGGAACGAGAGGAGCCCUGACAUCAGCAUUAGUGUGACCACGGAUACAGGCCAGACCACUUUGGAGGGAGAGUUGGGUCAGACCACACCUGAGGACCACUGUGAAAGCCACAAGAAUGGCCUCAAGUCCCCAGCCAUCCAGGAGAGCAAGGAGAUGCUGAGCAAAGUGUCAGAACCAGAAGCGGUAGACCAGCCAGAUGUGGUUCAGAGAAGCCACACGGUUGCUUACCCUGACAUAACUAACUUCCUGUCGGUGGACUGCAGGAUGAGGUCCUAUGGAUCCAGGUACAGCGAGAGCAACUUUAGCGUAGAUGACCAGGACCUCUCUAGGACGGAAUUUGAUUCCUGUGAUCAGUACUCGAUGGCAGCAGAGAAGGACUCGGGGAGGUCUGACGUGUCGGACAUUGGGUCGGACAACUGUUCGCUAGCUGAUGAGGAGCAGACGCCUCGGGACUGCCUGGGCCACAGGUCCCUGCGAACUGCGGCUCUGUCUCUCAAACUGUUGAAGAACCAGGAGGCCGACCAGCACAGCGCCAGGCUCUUUGUGCAGUCCCUCGAAAGCCUCCUCCCCCGCCUCCUGGCCCUGCCCAGUGUGGAAGAGGUGGACUCCGCCCUCCAGAACUUUGCCUCUACUUUCUGCUCAGGCAUGAUGCACUCCCCCGGGUUUGACGGGAACGGCAGCCUCAGCCUGCAGAUGCUCAUGAACGCGGACAGCCUGUACGCGGCCGCGCACUGCGCUCUGCUCCUCAACCUGAAGCUCUCCCACGGCGACUACUACCGGAAGCGGCCCACCCUGGCGCCCGGCAUGCUGAAAGAAUUCAUGAAGCAGGUCCACAGCAGCGGGGUGGUGAUGGUCUUCUCCCAGGCCUGGAUCGAGGAACUCUAUCACCAGGUGCUCGACAGAAACAUGCUGGGAGAAGCCGGCUACUGGGGCAGCCCAGAGGACAACAGCCUCCCGCUCAUCACCAUGCUGACCGAUAUUGAUGGCUUAGAGAGCAGUGCAAUUGGGGGCCAGCUGAUGGCCUCAGCGUCUACAGAGUCUCCUUUCGCCCAGGGCAGGAGAAUCGAUGACUCCACAGUGGCAGGUGUGGCGUUUGCUCGCUAUAUUCUGGUUGGCUGCUGGAAGAACUUGAUCGAUACUUUAUCAACCCCCCUGACUGGGCGCAUGGCUGGGAGCUCCAAAGGGCUGGCCUUCAUCCUGGGAGCUGAAGGCAUCAAAGAGCAGAACCAGAAAGAACGCGAUGCCAUCUGCAUGAGCCUGGAUGGGCUGCGGAAAGCGGCGCGGCUGAGCUGCGCUCUAGGAGUUGCAGCGAACUGUGCCUCAGCUCUUGCCCAAAUGGCAGCUGCCUCCUGUGUCCAGGAAGAGAAGGAGGACAAGGAAGUCCAAGAACCCAGCGAUGCCAUAGCUCAAGUGAAACUAAAAGUGGAGCAGAAACUGGAGCAGAUCGGGAAGCUGCACGGGGUGUCGCUGCACACAGCCCACGUCUUAUGCAUGGACGCCAUUCUCAGCGUAGGCCUGGAGAUGGGAAGCCACAACCCGGACUGCUGGCCACACGUGUUCAGGGUGUGUGAGUACGUGGGCACGCUGGAGCACACCCACUUCAGCGAUGGCGCCUCCCAGCCUCCUCUGACCAUCAGCCAGCCCCAGAAGGCGCCCGGGGGCUCUGGGCUCCUCGGGGACCUGGAGGGUGAGGGCUCACCCCAGGAGCAGAGCCCGGAGCAGGAGAGCUCACUGAGCAUGGCCCCCGUCAUCCAGCCCCUCUCCAUUCAAGAGCUCAUCAGGGAAGGCAGCCGGGGCCGGGCGUGCGACUUCCGCGGGGGCAGCCUCAUGACCGGGAGCAGCGCCGCCAAGGCCGUGCUCACGCUGUCCACGCAGGCCGACAGGCUCUUUGAAGAUGCUACGGAUAAGUUGAACCUCAUGGCUUUGGGAGGUUUUCUUUACCAGCUGAAGAAAGCGUCGCAGUCCCAGCUUUUCCAUUCUGUCACGGACACAGUUGAUUACUCGCUGGCCAUGCCAGGAGAAGUGAAAUCCACCCAGGACCGGAAAAGUGCGCUGCACCUGUUCCGCCUCGGGGACGCCAUGCUGAGGAUCGUGCGCAGCAGGUCAAGGCCGCUGCUCCACGUGAUGCGCUGCUGGAGCCUGGUGGCCCCGCACCUGGUGGAGGCUGCCUGCCAUAAGGAAAGACACGUGUCUCAGAAGGCGGUUUCCUUCAUCCAUGACAUACUGACAGAGGUUCUCACUGACUGGAACGAGCCACCGCACUUUCACUUUAAUGAAGCACUCUUCCGGCCUUUUGAGCGUAUCAUGCAGCUGGAGUUGUGUGAUGAGGACGUUCAAGACCAGGUGGUCACAUCCAUUGGCGAGCUGGUUGAAGUGUGUUCCUCCCAAAUCCAGUCGGGCUGGAGGCCCUUGUUCAGUGCCCUGGAAACGGUGCACAGCGGGAACAAGUCUGAGGUGAAGGACUACCUAGUCGGUGAUUACUCCAUGGGAAAAGGCCAAGCUCCAGUGUUUGAUGUAUUUGAAGCUUUUCUCAAUACCGACAACAUCCAGGUCUUUGCUAAUGCAGCCACUAGUUACAUCAUGUGCCUUAUGAAGUUUGUCAAAGGACUGGGGGAGGUGGACUGUAAGGAGAUUGGAGACUGUGUCCCGGGACCAGGGGCCACGUCCCCAGACCUGUGCCUCCCUGCCCUGGAUUACCUCAGGCGCUGCUCUCAGUUAUUGGCCAAAAUCUACAAAAUGCCCAUGAAGCCAAUAUUCCUUAGUGGGCGACUUGCUAGCUUGCCUCGAAGGCUUCAGGAGCAGUCGGCGAGCAGUGAGGAUGGAAUUGAGUCCAUCCUGUCCGAUUUUGAUGAUGACACUGGCCUCAUAGAAGUCUGGAUCAUCCUGCUGGAACAGCUAACGGCAGCUGUGUCCAACUGCCCGCGGCAGCACCAGCCGCCAACCUUGGACUUACUCUUCGAGCUGUUGAGAGAUGUUACAAAAACACCUGGACCAGGGUUUGGUAUCUAUGCAGUUGUUCACCUUCUCCUCCCUGUGAUGUCCCUCUGGCUCCGUCGUAGCCAUAAAGACCAUUCUUACUGGGAUGUGGCCUCCGCUAACUUCAAGCAUGCCAUUGGUCUGUCCUGUGAGCUGGUGGUGGAGCACAUCCAAAGCUUUAUACACUCAGACAUCCGGUAUGAGAGCAUGAUCAACACCAUGCUGAAGGACCUCUUUGAGCUGCUGGUCGCCUGCGUGGCCAAGCCCACGGAAACCAUCUCCAGAGUGGGCUGCUCCUGUAUUAGGUACGUCCUCGUGACGGCGGGCCCUGUGUUCACAGAAGAGAUGUGGAGGCUGGCCUGCUGUGCCCUGCAGGACGCGUUCUCCGCCACACUCAAGCCCGUGAAGGAUCUGCUGGGCUGCUUCCACAGCGGCACUGAGAGCUUCAGCGGGGAAGGCUGCCAGGUGAGGGUGGCGGCCCCCUCCUCCUCCCCCAGUGCCGAGGCCGAGUACUGGCGCAUCCGAGCCAUGGCUCAGCAGGUGUUUAUGUUGGACACCCAGUGCUCACCAAAGACCCCGAACAACUUCGAUCAUGCUCAGUCCUGUCAGCUCAUCAUUGAACUGCCUCCUGAUGAAAAGCCAAACGGACACACCAAGAAGAGUGUUUCUUUCAGGGAAAUUGUGGUGAGCUUGCUGUCUCAUCAAGUGUUACUCCAGAACUUAUAUGAUAUCUUGUUAGAAGAGUUUGUCAAAGGCCCCUCUCCCGGAGAGGAGAAGGCGAUCCAAGUGCCAGAAACCAAGCUGGCCGGCUUCCUCAGAUACAUCUCCAUGCAGAACCUGGCCGUCAUAUUUGACCUGCUGCUGGACUCCUACAGGACAGCCAGAGAGUUUGACACCAGCCCUGGGCUAAAGUGCCUGCUGAAGAAAGUGUCUGGCAUCGGCGGUGCUGCCAACCUCUACCGCCAGUCUGCCAUGAGUUUUAACAUCUACUUCCACGCGCUGGUCUGUGCUGUUCUCACCAAUCAAGAAACCAUCACGGCCGAGCAGGUGAAGAAAAUCCUUUUUGAGGACGAUGAGAGAAGCACAGAUUCGUCGCAGCAGUGCUCAUCAGAAGAUGAAGACAUUUUUGAGGAGACUGCCCAGGUGAGCCCCCCGAGAGGCAAGGAGAAGAGGCAGUGGAGGGCUCGGAUGCCAUCCUUAAGUGUCCAGCCCAUCAGCAAUGCAGACUGGGUGUGGCUGGUCAAGAGGCUUCACAAGCUGUGCAUGGAGCUGUGCAACAACUACAUCCAGAUGCACUUGGACCUGGAAAACAGUAUGGAGGAAGCGCCCAUCUUCAAGAGCGACCCAUUCUUUAUCCUUCCCUCCUUCCAGUCCGAGUCAUCCACCCCGUCCACCGGGGGGUUCUCGGGGAAAGAUACGCCUUCCGAGGAUGACCGAAGCCAGACACGGGACCACGUAGGCGAGCCCCUGAGCCUGCGGGCGGGCAGCGGGGAAACACUGAUGCUGCCCCCAAGCCCCAAGGUGGAGAAGAAGGACCCCAGCAGGAAGAAGGAGUGGUGGGAGAACGCAGGUAACAAAAUCUACACCAUGGCCGCCGACAAAACCAUCUCAAAGCUGAUGACAGAAUACAAGAAGAGGAAACAGCAGCAUAACUUGCCCACGUUCUCCAAAGAGGUCAAAGUGGAGAAGAAGGGAGAGCCUCUGGGUACGAGGGGCCAAGGAUCCCCACUGCUUCAGCGUCCUCAGCACUUGAUAGACCAAGGGCAGAUGCGGCACUCCUUCAGUGCAGGCCCCGAGCUGCUGCGGCAGGAGAAGAGGCCCCGCUCGGGCUCCACCGGCAGCUCCCUGAGUGUCUCUGUGAGAGACGCCGAAGCACAGAUCCAGGCGUGGACCAACAUGGUGCUAACCGUCCUCAAUCAGAUUCAGAUCCUCCCAGACCCGACCUUCACGGCCCUCCAGCCCGCAGUGUUCCCGUGCAUCAGCCAGCUGACCUGCCACGUGACUGACAUCCGAGUGCGCCAGGCUGUGAGAGAGUGGCUCGGCCGAGUGGGCCGUGUCUAUGACAUCAUCGUGUAGAAGGCUCACACCGAAGAAAUUCAGUGGUGAGGGUUAGAGUGUGCCUAGCAUUUUCCCCACCACCAGCCCCACUAAAACCGGUGUCUCAGAGAACAAUCAGCUGCUCCCUCUCUAAUUAGCACUGGGGGCCAUUCUGGGUACUCAGGUUGUAUCUAGAUGACACAAAGGAUACUCUGAUUUUGCACAUUAUGUCAGAAGAGUCUCCCUCCGUCCCUUGACAUAUUUCUAAAUCUUGAUGUUUAUUUCCCAGUGCUUCUGCCUGCCAUAUUAUUGCCAAAUGGGUCACUUUCAAGGACCAGUCCUCUAAAAACUUUGCUUUGAUCCAUUGGAUCCAUGUUUUUUUUUUAAUGCAAUUGCUAAGGAAAUAUCUGCUGGUAAGUCAAGCUGAUGGAUAAACAGUCAGACAUCUAGUACCAAACAUUAUUCAUUAGAGAAAGAUUUAUACCACAAUUGUGCAUUUGGUAGGGAAGAAAACUGUUAGGAAGACAUGUUCUUGGAUGUCAAAAUCAAGAAAAGGGUGACUUUCUCUGUAAAAUAUUCCAGAACAUUUAAAAAUUGUCCUAAAUUGUCAAGAUUUUUCUGGUUGGUACUCACCAACUUCCUCAUUGAAGGUACUGUUGUGCCUUUAUUUCCCUAUUUCUAAUGGAAGAAAAUUCUUUCCUGGCAGAAUGUUAAGUCUAUGGUAUGGCAGCCUUUGACACACAGCACUCACUGGUAUUUGCUGAUACAGAUGUUGCCAAGAGACAGAAGACGGACCAGCUACCCUGGCAGUCCCAAUAGGCUUUGCUUUUGCUCUCAAGGCAAAAAAAAAGGAAAGGGAAAGAAAAAAUGGUGCCUUAGUCCCUUGUCUUACAGACAUUUCUAUGCCCCACAGUUACCCGAACAUAAGGUUUAACAUUUGAUUUCUAAGAAAAUAAAACAUUGAAAUGCAACUCAUUUGACAUCCACACCCUUGGAGGAAAGGAAGUGAGUUCUCCAUUCAGUGAGCAGACUUCUCAGGGAAGGGGCAGGAAGUGCGGGGUAGGGAGACAGCUGGAUGGGGUGGGAAAGGGAUUAUAAUGAGAUCAUCUUAAUCUUUAACCUUCAAACAUUACACAACAACCAUAUGAAAUUAUGGUGUCCGUUACACAAGCUCUCGUCUCAGAGGAAAUCUAAAGGAGAAGGAAACACAGAAUGAAGUCCAGGAGAUAAAGUUUUCAGUUUAAAACCUCUCUCCUCUCUGGAAAGUCUAUUUACCCCUUGUCUGAGGUCCUUUUAUUCAGGCUAGUAUUUUAAGUGGAUAUUUCUUUUCUUAAAUUUUGCUAGAAAAAUGAAUCUAGAACCUUUAUCUUACUAUGUAUAGUAUAUUUAUACUAUAGUAUAGUAUAUUUCUUAAGUACUAAUAAUAAUUAAAACUCCUCAAAUACAUUCAUAUAUAUUCUACAGAGUUGCUGUGACAUAAAUUACAAUUUCCCAGCCCCUAAAAAUACAUUCAUAAUUAAAUAUGACAUCUUUUAAAAAUAGACCAUCAAACCUUUGAUAUUGAAGGAAGGAUUUUAAAUUGACAGCUUAACUUAGUGCUGGUAUUUGUAAACUUUGUCUUCCUUGAUAAACAUGUAAACUUAUCUACAAGGUUAACACGAAGACAGAGCUGAUUUACUCAGGCACUCUAAAAGAAGGACCUUUAUCUUUCAGGCUGCCACCUAAAUAAAGGUUACCACGAAAUCCAGAAGACAUUUUUUCAGUUCCAUAAAACACUCUUUGCUUUCGGUGUUUACUUAUUAGAUAAUAAUUUGAGUUUAGAAACAGGUGCACUAUUUGAUAGAAACAAGCAAUGAAUUGUUGGGAUAGCAAUGAGCUAUGUUUUUGCUUUUGAAUUUUUAUAUCUGGUAAGUCAGAUGGAUACUUUCUUUUUUUAACAAGAGCAGCACACGAUUGGUGUUCGGUUUUGUUUGUUUGUUUUUAUGGCUUAUCUUCAGUUCUCCUUUGUGAGCCUGUGAGCACUACAGAAUUUACUGGGAUGGCGGGGGAACUUCCGUACAGUAUUAAAUCAAAGCGAUUACAAAAUGUUUAUAUGUAGCAACUUUUUAUAAAGUAUAAAUAUUCGAAGGAAGCCAGUCUCAAUUUACAAAUGUCACGUCCCAGAGUACGUUAGCUAAUUAUGUAGAAAUCAGAAUUCAUUUUCCCACAGAUUCUCUAUUCUGGGAUCCCAGGCUAGUUGAUAGAAACAGGUCUACCCCUACUCUUUCCAGACACCGCUCUGGCACUAACCUGAUUGUGGGUGCCAAGAGUGAAAAGACGAGAGAAUACACACAGCUCUUGACCUAUAGUUUGGUAAGCGGAUUCUGGAGCCUUCUCAUCAGCUUCCUCACGAACCGCCCUGAGCCACACUGGUCUUCAGCCACCUGCCUUCCCAGCAUACCCUGUGCUCUGCAUCUAGUCAGAGUUCAACCAGAAAAUUCACUGUCGUAGCAAUACUUCCCAGAGGUAUUUGCAGUCUUCAAAAAGGACAUUGUUUGAUACAAAUAGUCUCUAACGAACAGGACUUCAGCAUCCAGUGAAGUCCGUUGAACCCUCCCAGGGUGGAUAAGAAAGGAUAGAAUUAGGAACCCUUGCUAGAGAGCCGUAGGUGGCCCAGUGAGCCCCUCGCAUUCUUCCGGUGUCUCCGUUUCUGCCUUUCCCCAAGGUCCCUGAAAGACCAGGGUCAGAGCAGCCUUUGUAGUUAGUACUGCCAAAAGCGUGUUACCCUAAGGUUGAGAUGUACUCUUUUUUUCUAAUAUUUUGGUAAAGUGCACAUCAUGAACACCUGGAAAACUCAACGUGUAAAAGAAAAGCCAAGUAUAUCACACUCUUCUUCAGGUUUUUCCUCACCAUGAGGGCACGGAUUUGAGGGAGGGCAAAUAGAUUGCUCUAGGGCGCAUCUCCUGAGCAGCUUUUAAAGAAGCUCGGGCUGCCUCUUUAUACCAUCUUGUUCUCUCUCCCCUUAAGAUUAUUCCCUAGCCUUCUCCAUCAAUACAAAACUAGGCACCUAGUUUUAGGCUAUUUAAUGGCUGGCCAAGGCUGAUACUAACAUACAUAAUGGCUCACGUUAAAGUAUUCUUAAUCAGAUGUGACAAAAAUGGUAACAUAACUCAAAAGUACCUUUAAAUAGAAACUUGUUUAUAACAAUAUCUUGAGGCUUUUUGUUGUUGUUUUAAGGAGAAGGCAUGUACAGAAUCAGUUGCAGGAGUGAUGUAACUUUAACUGGAGUUAAAGAAUAGAUAUCUUUGACUUCCCCCAAAUACAUUGCAAUACUGCUUAAGAAAGGAAAAUCAUUCAUGUCAGUCCCUUCAAACUGAACAGGCCUUUCUCUGGAGCUGAAAACAAUAGCAAAAAACGUCACAAAUAGCGGGGAAGAGGUAACAUUUGUUGAGUGCCAUUGUGAAUGGAGUUCUUCACCUACAUUACCAUAUUUUAUUUUCACAGUAACCUUGUGAAACAGUUACUGUUUUCCUCAUUUUUUUAGGUCAUGACAGAGACCCAGAGAGGUUAAGAAAUUUGCCCAAGAUAACCAGUAAAUGGCAAAGUUGGUUGCAAAAGAGGUAUUCCUGAAUUCAAAGGCCAUGUUAUCUCUACUAUACCAGGCUGUAAAUGCAGAGUAAACACUGGAGUGUCUCAAGGAACUACACAGUUAAAAUGAGUUCAAAAUAUUUCAUUGAUAUCCCAGAUCCAUAAUGUUAUGGGGAUUUUUCUAAUAGGGUUAAAAAAAGGAUUGUGUUUAUAGAGAGAUCAUGUAUAACAAUAUUUUGAGUGUUCAAACAGAAACAAAAUCUAAACUUUAAUCUUAAAGCAAGCCUUCAGCAGUCAUUUCGAAAACCUGCCCAUUAGGUGGAAAUGACGGGAUACUAUUGUUCAUGGCCAUCUGUCACGCAGGAAAAGCGUGGCAGUCUGUGUCGGGAAUGACAUGCGCAAAUUGUGAACCUUUUUCAAUUACCAUUUAAUCACUCAGAGUGAAGUGCCCUGUAGCCAACAGUGCCUCUCUACUUGCUUGCCUGGGAAGUAUAUGGAACUAGAUGUGUAGGUCAGCACCUAAGUCGGGGAAUGUGCAAACUAGAUGAUAACCAUUUUCAAACGCACGCUCUGAAGAGGAGGUCUUAGUUAGAUGAAAUUGUUUCAAGAACUGGCUACCGAGGGCAUCAGGUCAAUAUCCGCAGUAACCAUGUGCCAUAACACCUAAUAUUCCUGCGUACUUUGCAGACAAGGAAACAGGCAGAAGGGAAAUCCAGAACGUAACAUAUGUUUGGGUACCACUUAGGUGAUCCUAGUGCAAUCAGUGUGGCCUUUAAAAAGCAAGAGACUACUUUUAAGCACUUUGUAUUAGAAAUAUGAGCUUAUUUCGGGCAAGAUAUAUGAAAUUGGUAAAGAGCUCAUAACUAUGCUUCAUCAAAACACACACGCACACACACAACUGUAUGCCCCUCAUUGAUUAGUGGACCAAUCUAGAAAAUUUUGUUUGUGAGUUUCUCUUCCUGUGUGUGUAUUGUAACAUUUGUAUAUGAUGUGGAAGUAACUAAAAAUUAAAAUUUUGGACUAAAACACCAUAUAGAUUUCCAAACCACAAUUACUUCAGAAAAGACAGACCAAAAAAAAUCAUCAUCAUGGCCUGGGAUAGCCUAAGAGAAACUCAGUUGAGGACAAUGCUCAGUUUUUUUAUAAACAGCGGCACCACUUCUCAACGGCAGGAAAGCCACUGUCACGCCACUAGCACCAUACAAAGCAGCCCUCUCUCCACGUACUAAUGCAAGGGGGCUCCAGGGAAGAGAGACAGGCUGACCAUCGAUCGUAGUGACAAAACUGCCGCUGACUGCUGGCGAGCCCCUCCCAGCUGUGGUCCCUCCAGCCUGUCAGCCACCAGGAACCGUUUGUACCGUCAGCUCCCUCCUGAAGGUGUAAGUCACGGUUGUCUGGUGUCUUCUGACUUUAGGAGAGCGGUCCUCCGACGUUAGCACACAUCAGAGUCACCCGGAGGGCUGGCCAAAGCCCAGGUGCCCGGCCCGGGGUUUCUGCCACAGUGGGUCUGGAAAUCUGCAUUUCUAACGAGUUCCGAGGGGAGGCCUGUGCUGCUGGGCUGGGGACCACACUUUGAGAACCACCGUGUUGAGAAAAUUUCCAGCUCUUACCUUUAAGAUCAGCUUGACUCAUCAAGCACUUAGAGAAAAACUUAACCUUGGGCAGACAACUUGGGAUUGGAUUUAUCUGCAGCAUUCCUGCUCAGUCUCCCCAGUUUCUGUGUUUAUCACACCAACAAUUGUGUUUUACAAGCUAGAGGACAAUGAAUGUCUACAUUCCAUGGAGCAGUGAGAUCAGUAUGAGCUCCUCGUCUUUGUAUUUAGAUACAUUGAUUCUCUGGAUAAUCAUUUGUGUCCCGGUGGCCCUUUGACUUGUACUGAGGUGAUUUUAAGUUUAAGUAUGUGGUGUUUGCGUUUCUCCUGCUCUUACAGUUUUAAUGAGAUGUUUCCAUGCCGACUCCAUCACAACCUUGGCUCCUGGCUUCCAGAUGUUUCUGAGUAGUUGCUUGCUUGCUAGUAGUUUUAUAUCUCUCGUUAGUCACCGAAAUGUCAGCACUUGCAGAUGACAUUACACUAUUUGAUGUACCUUCAUUUUUCAGUUAAUUGUCUGGUGUAAAUUAAUAUUUUAAUUUCCUGUUGACCUGCAGUCUACCAAAUGGCUUCAUGGAAAUUUGCAAACAUAACCACUCCCGUUUGAGCAGUAAAUGUGCCUGUUUUAAAGACUUCUCAGUAGAUGUGUUGGGUCGGUGCUCUCAUCUGCACAAUAGAGACCAUAUUCAUUAUCUCAUCUUCCAAAUGAUGGGAAAAUUGUAAAAGUGCAUCCAUAUGCAUUGGGAAUACAGUGAAAUCAUGCUAACUCAAAGAUAGCUGGGGCCUUAGUUUAGUUCUUCACUCUUUAUCGAAUUAAUUGGCUUUGGAAAUACAUGAAAAAUAUAAGGAACAUAGAGGGAAUAAUUCAAGAGAAAAAAAUUACCUUAAAAUCAUCACCAAUGUGUUACCUAUUUAAUUACACAUAAUUUUUAUUGAUUUAAUAAAGUUUCUCUGAACACUUCUUAAAUACCCUGAUAUCAUUUAAAUUUAUUUUUUUGUAUGAAUAGAAAGUAAUGACUAUAUUUACUAGAAUUAAUGAGAUGAGAAAGUAUAUCAAAGUGUGAAUGGUAUCAAGGAUUCAAAUCCUUGCCUCUGUGGCUGGAAAUAAAGUUUAUCAUUUUCCUUUUGUUUUCCAUAACCUCUUUUUGGAAAUUAUGUAUGAAUUUAACUCUUUUAAGAAUAAUUUAUUUCCAAAUUAAAUUUUAAAAUUAACCUCUAAGAAUAUUUUCGAUUUAUUUUACCAACCGGUGCCAAAAAAAGGGGGGAGGGGGAAGAUCUAAAAGCCAAUCUUUUGAAUCACCACAUAAAAUAUUAUGUUUUCUCUGAAAGUCGGGGAAGCUCUACUCCCUGACAGCACCAGCCGCCCAUGGUCAUCCAUGGCUACCUCAUGAUUACGUGCAAGCUACUUCAUAUCCCUCCCUCUACUAUUUGUUCUUCUGAUUUUUGUUGGGAAGUAAUUCUCGCUGAUAAAAAUAAGUUUCCCGCUACAUAGGCAAAGCUGGACAAAGAGGAAUGCUUCUGAUAUUUUGGUUUCACCUCAGUUGAAACCCUGUGGUAGAAUAUACGGGUAUGGCGUGACGGGGCUGCAGGAGGUGCCU